AUGGACAAACUCUACCGCAAAAAUGAAGGAAUACCUUCCAACCAAGAAAAGAUGAAAAAUGAACAGCCACAGGGUGGGGGAAAACCACAAGUAGCAUGCAAUCUAAAAGACAAGGAUAUGUUAGAAAAUAAGAGAAAGGUAGAAGAUAAGGAAAUAUCAAAGGGUAAGGAAAAGCCAGAGAUUGAAGGAAAAGGAAAAAAGAAAGAAAAGUCAAACAGUGAGGGAAAUUUGAAAGAAGGAAAACUAGAGAGGGAGAGAAAUGCAGAGAUGAAAAGCAAGUCAGAGAGGGAGGCAAAGCCAGGUUGUUCAGGAAAUCCAGAGAGGGAGGCAGGGUCAAAAGAGAAGGGAAAGUCAGAGAGUGAAACUAGGGCUGCAGGAAAGCGCCCAGCUGAGGAUGACAUACCCAGGAAAGCCAAAAGGAAAACCAAGAAGGGGCUGGUUCAGUAUCUCAAGGAAUAUAAAGAGGCCAUACACGAUUUGAAUCUCAGCAAUGAGGAUAUGAUAAGAGAAUUUGACAAUAUGGCAAAGGUAAAGGAUGACAGGAGAAAAAUCAAACAGAAAUUAGGGGGAUUGUUAUGGAUGCAAAGAAAUCUACAGGACCCCUUCUACCCAAGGGGCCCAAGGGAAUUCAGGGGGGGCUGUAGGGCACCCAGAAGGGACAUUGAAGACAUUCCUUAUGUAUAG